CCUACAAAAUGUAGGUUUCAUUUCAAUUAUUAAAUUUGAACAGGCCACCUUCGUUUCAUUAAGAAUUUUUCUUGAUUUUAUUUUCUCCCUUUUCGAAAAUUUAAUAAAUUUAUUAUAAAUUAUAUUUUAAUUCCUUUCUCUUUUAAGUGUUGUUAUUUGUAACAUUUUCGAAACGAGCCGAAGUGCUAUUUUGAAUUUCAAAAGUAUUAAGUCAAAAAAACAAUGCGCGAAAUUGUCCACAUACAAGCAGGCCAAUGUGGUAAUCAGAUUGGUGCGAAAUUUUGGGAAGUUAUCUCCGACGAGCAUAGUAUUGACGCGAAUGGAUCAUUUUAUGGCAACGAUGAUUCGCAAUUGGAAAGGAUUGAUGUAUUCUAUAAUCAUGCGAAUAGCGGGAAGUAUGUACCCCGUGCAGUCCUAGUAGAUUUGGAGCCGGGAACGAUGGACUCAGUAAGAGCCAGUCAGUUUGGGCAGAUGUUUAAACCAGAUAGUUUUAUAUUUGGCCAAUCGGGAGCAGGAAACAAUUGGGCCAAAGGACAUUACACGGAUGGGGCGGAACUUAUGGAAUCAGUCCUAGAUGUCGUAAGACGCGAAACGGAGGCAUGUGAUUGUCUCCAGGGAUUUCAAAUAACUCACUCACUUGGUGGUGGUACGGGGUCUGGUAUGGGAACCCUCUUGUCUGCAAAACUCCGGGAGGAUUACCCAGAUAGGAUUAUUUGCACUUAUUCAAUUGUACCAUCGCCGAAGGUUUCUGAUACGGUCGUGGAACCAUACAAUGCGACCCUAAGCGUCCAGCAACUUAUAGAACACACGGACGCUAACUACUGCAUAGACAACGAAGCUCUAUAUGAUAUUUGUUUCCGGACUUUGAAAUUGACGACGCCUACUUACAGUGAUCUGAACCACUUGGUAUCAGCCACGAUGUCUGGCCUAACGACUUGUCUAAGGUUCCCAGGACAGUUGAAUGCGGACCUCAGGAAGCUGGCAGUUAAUAUGGUCCCGUUCCCAAGGAUACAUUUCUUCAUGCCCGGAUUCGCCCCAUUAACAGCACGAGGGUCACAACCCUAUCAGACAACUGCCGUACCAGAGCUUGUACAUCAGAUUUUUGAUGCAAAAAAUAUGAUGGCAGCAUGCGAUCCUCGCCAUGGAAAAUAUCUCACCGUGGCGGCAGUAUUCCGUGGAAGAAUGUCUGUCAAGGAAAUCGAUGAACAAAUGUUGAACAUACAAAAUAAGAACAGCAGCUACUUUGUCGAAUGGAUUCCUAGCAAUUGCAAGACCGCGGUCUGUGACAUACCCCCACGUGGUCUAGACAUGGCUGCCACUUUUAUUGGGAAUACAACUGCAAUUCAAGAACUUUUCAAAAGGAUCUCUGAGCAGUUCACGGCAAUGUUUCGGCGAAAAGCAUUUCUACAUUGGUAUACAGCCGAAGGUAUGGAGGAAGUUGAAUUUGUUGAUGCAGAGAGCAACAUAAAUGAUUUAGUUAGCGAAUACCAAGCCUACCAAGAAGGCGUUGCUGAUGAAAUUGGCGACUAUGAUGAAGCGGAAAAUGAUGAAUAUGAGGAUGAUAUCGAAGGUGGCGAGAAAAUUUGAACAUAAAAAAAAGGAUUUAAGAUGAAUUUUAUUUUUUAAAUUGUGAAUUUGGUGUAGAAUGAAGAAGCGAAAGAAAUUAGACGUAAUGUCUACUUAGAAAUGAAUAUUCGAGUGCUACACAAAAGUGAAGUUUAAUUUCAUUCGGUCAGAUCUGAAAUAAAGUAACUUCACUACUGCAUCAU